AUGGAGAAGGCCAUGACAACUGCUGAAACAAUUGAAGAAAUGAAAAUCAGUGACAUUGUCUUGCAGAACUUGGUACUGGUUGAUUACGUCUGUCGUGGGUUUCCUGAGAAGGUGAUUUCAUCUUUGGCCAGUGAAGGGGUACCCCCUGCUACUCUCUUUACCAACUCUUAUAUUUGGAGUGGCACACAUCCUGAGGAUCUCUUCCUUUUCAUCUUUGAUCAUGAGGAUACAAUAAUUGUUGAAGGUGUUGGUGGUGGUGUGUGUCAUGUAACUGAAGUUCAACAUGGCAACGAUGUUAUAUUCUGUUACACUGCAGAAUUUAGAGAAGGCAAGUUUUGUAAGUCAGAGAAGAUAAAACUCCAUAGCAAGGUACAGGAAACUAUUGGAGUUGGAGUUAUGUUAGGUGAGGGGAAAGGUCGUUCCUCAAUGCAUGAGACUCCCAUCGACCAUUGUAUGGGAGCCCCAACUCUUGGCCAGCGGCGCACAACCGUGCAUGUUGUUGCAAGAAUUGAUACAAGGGCUCCUCGAGAAAACGUACGCCUACUUGAUUAUGGUGUUACCACAGGUAGCGGGGCAGUUUGGAACACAACAGAGAUAGGAGGCUCAAUCGUUGUUGUCUUGGGUCUGGGGACUGUUAGUCUUGAGGUUGCAAAGGCUAUUGGUGCUGCACUAGUAAUAAGCAUUGAUAUUGCCAACAAAAGAAUUGAUAGAUCAAAGAACUCUGGAGAUAAUGGAAUUUCGGCACCUUAG